GUUGGACUUCGAAUGAUCAAAGUGCACCCAGAAUUUAAUAAGGUUCAGGAUUUUGGAGACUUGGACAACUAGAUUGGGGCUGCUUCUUGGAUUUCUUGGCUGUUACCUAUCUUUGUUUCUUCUCCUUGGGAGUCAAGAUGAAUGUCCAGGCUUGCUCUAGGUGUGGGUACGGAGUCUAUCCUGCUGAGAAGAUCAGCUGUUUAGAUCAGAUAUGGCAUAAAGCGUGUUUUCACUGUGAAGUUUGCAAGAUGAUGCUCUCGGUUAAUAACUUUGUGAGUCACCAGAAAAAGCCGUACUGUCAUGCCCAUAACCCCAAGAACAACACUUUCACAAGUGUCUACCAUACUCCAUUAAACCUAAAUGUGGAGAAGUCUCCAGGAGACAUCCAUGGGAUUGAUGAGCAAGACGAUGGUGAACAGUUUAAAUCGGGUUUUCACUGGGACAUGAAAUCCAAUGAUGUGGCAGCUACACCUAACAGACAGCCCCUGGUGAAUGAGAGACCCUAUUGGACUGGAUAUGGGGAAGGGAAUGCUUGGUGCCCAGGAGCGCUGCCAGACCCUGAAAUUGUGAGGAUGGUUGAGGCUCGGAAGUCUCUUGGUGAGGAGUAUACAGAAGACUAUGAGCAACAGAGGGGCAAAGGGAGCUUUCCAGCCAUGAUCACACCUGCUUAUCAAAGGGCCAAGAGAGCCAACCAGCUGGCCAGCCAGGUGGAAUACAAGAGAGGCCACGAUGAGCGCGUCUCCAGGUUCACCACGGUGGCAGAUACCCCUGAGCUGCUACGGGCCAAGGCGGGGGGACAGCUUCAAAGUGACGUUAGGUACACAGAGGACUAUGAACAGCAGAGAGGGAAAGGCAGUUUUCCUGCUAUGAUCACACCUGCUUAUCAGAUAGCUAAAAGAGCCAAUGAGCUGGCAAGUGAUGUGAGGUACCAUCAACAAUAUCAAAGAGAAAUGAAGGGAAUGGCCGGUCCAGCCACUGGAGCUGAGGGCACAAUGAUGAAGGAAUAUGUGGAUCAAUACGGCCAGGGUUACUUGGAGGAGAGUGAUGGGCACAGAGGGAAGGGCAGCUUCCCCGCCAUGAUCACCCCGGCUUAUCAGAAUGCCAAGAAAGCCAAUGAACUCGCUAGUGAUAUAAAAUACAGACAGGACUUCAAUAACAUGAAAGGCGCUGCACAUUAUCACUCACUCCCAGCCCAAGACAACUUGGUUUUGAAGCGGGCUCAGAGUGUGAACAAGCUUGUGAGUGAGGUGGAGUAUAAGAAAGAUCUGGAAAGUAGUAAAGGUCACAGUAUCAACUACUGUGAAACACCUCAAUUCAGGAACGUCAGCAAGAUCUCAAAAUUCACCAGUGAUAAUAAAUAUAAAGAAGACUACCAGAACCACAUGAGAGGGCACUAUGAAGGAGUUGGCAUGGACAGACGGACUCUCCACGCUGUGAAAGUUGGAAGUCUGGCAAGCAAUAUUGCCUACAAAGCCGAUUAUAAACACGAUAUCGUUGAUUACAACUACCCAGCUACUCUUACUCCUUCCUAUCAAACGACGGUGAAACUGGUUCCUCUGAAAGAUGUCAAUUACAGGCAAAGCAUCGACAAGUUGAAGUACAGCUCUGUGACCAACACCCCUCAGAUUGUUCAAGCCAAAAUCAAUGCCCAGCAACUGAGUCAUGUGAAUUACCGUGCUGACUAUGAGAAAAAUAAGCUGAAUUACACAUUGCCCCAGGAUGUACCUCAGAUGUUAAAGGCCAAAACCAACACCGAACUCUUCAGCGAGGUUAAGUACAAAGAAGGCUGGGAAAAGUCUAAGGGGAAAGGAUUUGAAAUGAAGCUGGAUGCCAUGCCUCUGCUGGCCGCCAAAGCCUCCGGAGAGCUUGCUAGCAAUAUUAAAUACAAAGAAGAAUAUGAAAAGUCCAAAGGCAAAGUCAUGGGAACUACAGACUCUAGGCUUCUGCACUCCCUGCAGGUUGCCAAGAUGAGCAGCGAGGUUGAAUACAAGAAAGGCUUUGAAGAGAGUAAGACCCACUUUCACCUCCCCAUGGAUAUGGUGAACAUCAAGCAUGCCAAGAAGGCCCAAGCUCUGGCCAGUGAUCUGGAUUACAGGAAAAAACUGCAUGAAUACACUGUGCUGCCCGAAGAUAUGAAGACUCAGUGGGCCAGGAAAGCCUAUGGGCUGCAGAGUGAGCUGCAGUACAAGGCCGACCUGGCGUGGAUGAAAGGCGUGGGGUGGCUGACGGAGGGCAGUCUCAAUUUGGAACAGGCCAAGAAGGCUGGUCAGCUGGUCAGCGAGAAACACUACAGGCAGAGGGUGGAUGAGCUGAAGUUCACCAGUGUGGCCGACAGCUCCCAGAUGGAGCAUGCCAAGAAGAGCCAGGAGCUGCAGAGCGGGGUGGCCUACAAGGCAGGAAACGAGCAGUCCCUCCAUCAGUACAGCAUCAGCAAAGACGAGCCUCUGUUCCUGCGGGCCCGAGCCAAUGCUGCCAACCUCAGCGAGAAACUAUACAAGAGCAGCUGGGAAAACCAGAAGGCAAAAGGGUUUGAGCUACGUCUUGACUCCUUGGCGUUCCUGGCAGCCAAAGCCAAGAGGGACCUGGCCAGCGAGGUGAAGUACAAGGAGGAUUAUGAGAGGUCCAGAGGGAAGCUCAUUGGGGCCAACAGUGCCCAGGGGGACUCGCAAAUGAGCCACUCGCUGCAAAUGUCCAAGCUGCAGAGUGAACUGGAGUACAAGAAGGGAUUCGAGGACACCAAAUCCCAGUGCCACGUGUCCAUGGACAUGGUCCACCUGGUGCACGCCCGCAAGGCUCAGCAUUUAGCCACAGAUAUAGGCUACAAGACAGCGUCACAUCUCUUUACAGCUUUGCCCACAGAUAUGAAGGUGGAAUGGGCCAGGAAGGCUUAUGAUUUACAGAGUGAUAACCAAUACAGGGCAGAUGUGAAGUGGAUGAAAGGCACGGGCUGGGUCGCCACCGGGUCAUUAAAUGUGGAGCAGGCGAAGAAGGCAGGAGAACUCAUUAGUGAGAAGAAGUACCGUCAGCAUCCAGAUGCUUUGAAGUUUACCAGUAUUAAAGACACUCCGGAGAUGGUCCAGGCCAGAAUUAGUUAUACCCAAGCAGUGGAUAGAUUAUACAAGGAACAAGGAGAAAAUAUAAAGCACCAUUACACACAAACAGCUGACCUCCCGGAAGUCCUGCUGGCCAAGCUGAAUGCCAUGAAUAUCAGUGAGACACGUUAUAAGGAAUCCUGGAGCAAACUUCGAGACGGUGGUUAUAAACUGAGAUUGGAUGCCAUUCCAUUCCGGGCAGCAAAGGCUUCUGGUGAAAUCAUAAGUGAUUACAACAAAGAGGCAUUUGAGAAAAUGAAAGGGCAGAUGCUUGGCUCCCGGAGCUUGGAAGAUGAUAUCAGCCUUGCACAUUCAGUGUACGCGAGCUCGCUGCAGAGUGAAGUGAAUUACAAGAAAGGCUUCGAACACUCAAAGGCGCAGUUCCAUCUGCCGUUGGACAUGAUAACCCUGGUGCAUGCCAGGAAGGCUCAGAGCCUGGCCAGCGACCAGGACUACAGACACCCGCUCCCCCAGUACACAUCUUUGGAGGAAGACCUGAGGCUCAGCUGUGCCAAGAAAGCUCACAAGUUGCAGAGUGAGAAUGUGUACCGGUCGGACCUGAACUUUAUGCGGGGUGUCGCCUGUGUCAUUCCAGGCACGUUAGAGAUUGAAGGGCGAAAGAGAGCGUCUGAACUCAUCAGUGAGAGUAAAUAUCGUCAGCAUCCACAGUCGUUCAAGUACACAGCUGUGACAGACACUCCCAGCCUCCUUCAUGCGAAACUCAGCAACCAGCUCACGAAUGAGGCAAAAUACAAGGAGUCUGGGCGUAAUCUCCGUGCUCAAGGCUACAAGCUGACAAUAGACGCUCUCCCCUUCCAGGCUGCUCGGGUCUCUGGAGAUAUAGCCAGUGAUUUUCUCUACAGACACGACUUUGUGAAGGAGCGAGGGAGGCUGAUUGGGGUCCGGGGCGUGGACGAUGACCCCCGGCUCCGGCACUGCCGGCGGAUGGGCCAGCUGCAGAGCGAGCAUCAGUACAGGAGGGAGGCGGUGGACAGCCAAGCCCAGUGCCACCUGCCCUUGGACAUGGUGCACCUGGUCCACGCCAGGAAGGCCCAGGCCCUGGCCAGUGACCAUGACUACAGGACGCAGUGCCACGAGUUCACGGCGCUACCUGAGGACCUGAAAAUGGCCUGGGCCAAGAAAGCUCACGCCCUGCAGAGCGAGUUGCGCUACAAGUCAGACCUGAUGGGCAUGAAAGGGACAGGAUGGCCGGCGCUGAGUUCCCCGCAGAUAGAGAGUGCCAGGAAAGCUGGAGAACUCAUCAGUGAGACCAAAUACCGUAAAAAACCAGACAGUAUCAAGUUCACCUCGGUGGUUGACUCUCCGGACCUUGUUCAUGCCAAGAACAGCUACAUGCACUGCAGUGAGCGCCUGUACAGGUCAGGGGACGCGGAAUCCCUGCACAGAUACACCCUGAUCCCCGACCACCCCGAUUUCACCAGAGCCCGCCUCAAUGCCCUGCAUCUGAGUGACAAAGUCUACAGAAACUCUUGGGAACAGACCCGGGCUGGUGGCUAUGACUUCCGGUUGGAUGCCAUCCCAUUCCAGACUGCCCGGGAGUCCAGGGAGAUCGCCAGUGACUUCCGGUACAAAGAGGCCUUCCUGCGGGACCGAGGCCUGCAGAUCGGGUUCCGCAGCAUCGACGACGACCCAAGGAUGAGACAUUUCCUCAGUGUUGGCAAACUCCAGAGUGACAAUGAGUACAGGAAGGACUUUGCUAAGAGUCGGUCCCAGUUCCACAGCCGUGCAGACCAGCCUGGCUUUCUCCAGGCCAAGAGGAGCCAGCAGCUGGCCAGCGACGUGUGCUACAGGCAACCUCUGCCCCAGCCCACCUGCGACCCGGAGCAGCUGGGCCUGAAGCAUGCUCAGAAGGCCCACCAGCUGCAGAGUGAUGUCAAGUACAAAUCAGACUUGAACCUGACCAGAGGUAUUGGCUGGACCCCUCCUGGUUCCUACAAAGUGGAAAUGGCUCGGCGGGCUGCAGAACUGGCCAACGCGAGGAGCCGGGGUCUCCAGGGCGCUUAUCAGGAGGGGCCAGAGGUUCUGAAGACUGGAGCUAAUCAGAGGGGGGAUGUGAACCCAGAUGCCACGGAGAUUCUGCACGUCAAAAGGAGGAAGGCUCUGCUGUUGUGAGCAAGCAGUGUCCACCCAGGAUUCUCGGGAGAA